AUGAGAUGAUGUUGGUACCGCUCUGUUUCCAUCUGUUUGUUUUUGGGUCGCUGAACUUCAACCGUCCCGGACUGUGUGAGAACUGAAAUCUGUGUGCGGUGUUAGGGAACGAGAAAGAGUCAUUUAUGAUCUGGAAUGAGUGGGAACUAAAAUGAUUAUUGAGUAAAUGAAGUGUGAUGUGAAAAAAGUGACGGAUGUUUGGGACGUCAAAGUAAUCCACGUGGUCAGGGAACUGUCUAGAGAGGAUUUGGAGGAAUUAGGGUUUUCUAAUGAGUUUGGGGCCUGUAAGAAAAAUCCCACAGUUUGGGGGAACUAAAAUCUUAUUUAGUAGCUGGGGAACAAAAAAAGUGAGGAGGUGCGAACUAAUACAGCCACCCAGGAGCUGGAAUGUUAGAGGGUUUGCUAGGGAUCCAAACCUAUUUUGAAAAGUGGUGGAAUUACUAUAAUCCCAGGUUCUUCAUACUCCGAAUUCCGCCGGGGGGACAUUCAGUCACUCAGUACUUCAACAUGCACAGCUUAAUCGGACUAAGCUCAUAGUUUAUUUUUUUUCACAGAAUCAGACUUCUCUCCAUGUCAGCGUAUACAUGCAGCUGAGAAAAUUGAAUUAUUGACGUGAACGAGUCCUCCUCCUCAAAAAUAGGGGGCGAUAUGGGUCUUUUCAGCUGCGCUGUUUCCGACCCCAUACAACCGUCAACAACAACAGCAGGUCCAUGUCAGACGUCAGAAGUGUCUACAACUGCUGCUGGGAAUUUUGGAGCAAGAAGAUGGAGCAUCGUACAGCCUUGUUUUUGUCUUACAUGAUGGACGCGCUACUUUUUCUGCAGAUGAGACGCACGCUACUCCUCUUCUCUGGUGUUUUUGUUCCGGGGUAACAGGGGGCUGGUGCAUGUGCAUAUGCAUUGUCCGAUCAUACUCCGACUACGCUGGUUACAUGGUAGAGAAUAUCGAAUUCCAAUUGCAUUAUCUGGGUGUCUUAAUCAGAGUUCUCAAACUCCGAUUAUAGUCAGACUAAGGUGUUUACUUGCACUUCAGUUGUCCGGUCUUAAUCAGAGUAAGGCGAAAAUUCGUUUUUCUCAAGUGUCAUGGAAACGUACUGAAUAAUUGCUAAUUCUACGUUUCAACUAAGUCCAGUUGUCCUUGUCCCUUAAAUAUCUUUUGAACUUCGUCCCUCAGAGUUCGGAGUUCUCCAACUCCAAUCAGAGUUUUCAAACUCCGAUUAUAGUCGGACUAAGGUGUUUACAUGCUCUUCAGUUGUCCGGUCUUAAUCGGAAUAAGGCGAUAAUUCAGUUUUCUUGAGUGUCAUGGAAACGUACAGAGUGCCAGGUGUGAGGUACCUGAAUGAGCUCAGGUGCUUCGAAACCGGGUUCACUGCUGGUCACUCAGAAACAGAUCGAGAGUACCAUCCAGUUUCUGACGAGCAGAAUAUUUGGAGGUUUUUCUGACGCCUCCUUAAAUCCAAACUGCCGCCCCGGAUCAGGGAUCAAACCAACAACUCCGUAAUCAGAUCAGAGCAGACUAACAGAAAAACCUCCUCAGCUGGUUUCAGAGGAGGAACAGAGAGGAGGAAAACAAGGAGAAGACAAACAGCUGCACAUGACACCAUCACUCAGGAAUCCAGCCUGGCUCCUGUUGGCCCGCUCCUGCGCCCCCCCCCCCCCACUUUAAUGAGCUGAUGUUGGAGCAGUUUGUGGAUCUGAACUCUGUGAGGCCCAAACACGAAGAUAGGAAACAGAAACAUGGACAGGAAGUUCACUCUGACAGGUUUUUCUAGUUUUAUGAAGAGAACAUCUCGACUUCAGGCUGCAGCCCAGGAGGAGGAGGAGGAGGCCGCUGCUGUCGGAGGGUGAAGGCGAAGUUUCCUCCCUCCCUUCCUCACCUGCUGUUAAAUGCAGGUUUCCAUGGCAACCCUCCAGAGCCAGAAACAAACAUUCCCAAAGUGUGAGAGGAGGAGGCCUGCCGGGAGAACCACAGUAGAAACUCACAAUCACUCCAGAGCCUCAUUUUUCUGAUCCACUGAGUUAGGAACACUCCCAGUUUGGACCUGAUCACCACCAACACUCCCAGUUUGGACCUGAUCACCACCAACACUCCCAGUUUCGACCUGAUCACCACCAACACUCCCUCUUUUUGCUGACAACAACAAGCCUCAGCCCCUUCAUCACCAGCAGACUGCAGCAGGACCCCCGGGGGGGCCCUGAAGCCUCUGGGUCUCUGUGUGUUCAGAGUUCGGAAACCUUGAGACUGUGGGCCCAAAUUCCUGCGACAGAACCCCACCCUCACAUCCCCACCCAAACCCCAAGUCUCUCAGCGUUUUACACAAACUAACAGUAAAAGUCAGAUUUAUAGAGCUGUGUAGGUUCUCCAGGAGCUCCUCCACAGCUGUAAAGUUCCUCUGCACACAGCAGGACCUCUGCAUGGUUCUGCCUGCAGACACAAACAUGUGUUCCAUAUGAUGAGACCAUAGACUGUAUUUACUCUGGACAACUUGGUUCCUCCUUCCUCCAGUAAACAGAUUUGAAGCCAAAAAGCUCUCGGUAAUUCCGCGUUUUUUCUCCACUUCCUGAAACCAACAUUGUGCAGUAGCGUUGUACGCAUUCAGCGGGAGAGUCGCUGUGACAACGCUGGGCUCAAACAGCGUAUCCCCCGGGUGAGCUACUCAAUCUCUGUACACCCAUAGGCUGUAUCAGGUACCAAUCAUAGAAAACAUUAACCCCCCAGUAACUUUUAAAAAUGGAGCUGUACAGAAAAAAGAGGACUUGAACACAAACCAGUCUGACAGUAACUACAUGUCAACAUCACAACCAGGGGGGAAAACAUUUAUAUUCUGUGUCAUUAAUUUAUAAAGUUUGUCCACAGCUCUAUAAGGAGGCGGGAUUUAUGACCUUUACUGCAGACCGUCACUAGAAGGUGCUGUUCUCAGAGUGGCUUCACCCAGAGAGGAAUCGAUUUUUAUGCUCAAAAAUCGACUCUUAUUUUCAAAUAUUGUCAUCGUCGUUUUCUUCCGCGUUAUCCAGGUCCAGGUCACGGGGGCAGCAGCUUCAGGAGGGAUGCCCAGACAGCCCUCACCCCACCCACUUCCACCAGCUCCUCUGGGGGAUUCCUAGGCACUCCCAGGCCAGGCGAAAAAAUAUAAUCCCUCCACCUAGUCCUGGGCUGGCCACGGGGUCUCUCCCGUUAGAGGUGUCUGGAACACCUCUAACGGGUGGCGUCCAGAAGGCGUCCUAACAAGAUGCCUGAGCCACCUCAGCUGUCUCCUCUCGAUGUGGAGGAGCAGUGGUUCUACUCUGAGCGCCUCCCGAGUGUCCGUACUUCUUACCCUAUCUCUAAGGCUGAGCCCGGCCACCCUGCGAAGGAAACCCAUUUCGGCCGCUUGUAUCCGUGAUCUUGUUCUUUCGGUCAUUACCCAAAGUUCAUGGCCAUAGGUGAGAAUUUUUCAAAUUAAACAUUAAAUCUUAAAAACUGACUGAAUCGCAAUUUAAAUCGAAUUGGCAUCCAAAAAAUCGUAGAAGAAUAGAAUUGGGAGAAAAGCGUUUCGUCCCAACCCUACCAUCCUCCACAAAAACAGACAUGAAACCUUCAUCUCCUUUGUGUUUUCAUGACACAGGCAACUUCAUGCUGGGCUUAAAGUUUCUUGGAUUCUAGGCCUCUCCGAUCCCUCUCCAGACUCUGGGACCUCGGUUUCCAAAUGAGAUGCUAAACUGAAGCCAGGACUUUGGACAUCUGAGCAACAGUCCAGUUCUUAUUCUUCUUAGUCCACUUGAGACUCUGAUUUGACUUGUAGUCCAUUUCCUUGACUCGUCUAUGUGUAGAGGCUCCUGAUGCUUGACCCCAGCCUUGGUCCAGUCCUCCUCUAAUUUCUUCCUUUGACAGUUCUCUCCAGACUGCUCUCGGUCUCCUUUUCCUCCCUUCAGUCAAUAAAUCUGAGGCAGACCCCCCUUAAAGAGGGGGUCCAGACUUUGGUUGUGUUUGAACCACACCAGGAUGUACACAGUAUUUACAAUGUAGUACCUGCUCACAGCGCCAAUACUACUACAAAAUGGUUUGCUGACCAUCAUGUUCUGAAUGAUGGUCAGUCAGCAGUAUUCUUGGUUACUAAACAAGAGCAAGAAAUUCACCUUCCUCGAACUCAAACUGAAAUAUUCGGACACUUUGGGAUAUGCUUUUUAAACAUUUUGAUCUAAAGGUCAAAAUAACUUCAAAAAAAUUCAAACAAAGGCUCGGAUCAGUGUAGCUGACAUGUAAUGAGUCCAGAAUAUAUUAAAUAUUCACUUUCACCAAUAACUGAUGCUAAAAAAAGGUCUCAGGUGGCCUUACUAUAUCCUCAUAUAGACACAGACUCUUCAGCCUCCUGCCCUCUGGCCUCCAUUACAGGAGCCUCCGGGUCAAAACCUGCAGACUAAAUGUCCUUUCACACCGGGAGCGUUUUUGUCAAUUAUUUCCAACGUCAAUAUUUUUUUUGGAACCCGUAUCCUUUCAAUACAAGCGUUCACAUCAGUGACGUUUUCCCGUCCUGCGAUAUUGUGGCAUUUAUUUUUUCGGAUCAUUGUCGAUUUUUCAAAAGUUUUGCAUACUGUGUGUCCACUUCUGACCAAUCAGAUUUCGUGUUGUUGCGACGUCAGAUUCACCGGUAUAUCCAACAUGGCUGACCGGCUGAUUGUUUACGUGUCGGAGAACAGAGUGCUUUUUGAUAAAAGACACAAACACUGAACUCUCACCCUGUUAAAGCAUGCUAAUGGCACUUAGUUAAAUGUAAUAUAAUGAAAUUACUGUAAAUAUUGACAAUAGCAACCUCAUACGUCUCUUAUGUGUAUUUAUAUCUAUAUAUCUAGGUAUGUAUUUAUAUACUUACGCUAUUGCACUUCUGGUUGGAUGCUAAACUGCAUUUCGUUGCAUUGUUUUAAACAUGACAAUAAAAUUGAAUCUAAUCUAAUAAUGUUCAUAAAAAAUGACAUGUGACAGUCAACAGUCAGCAGGAUGUUUUGUUUAAUCAUACAAGGGACAAGAAAAGUCAAAAUUGUUCUGACCACAGGGGGAGCUACAUUUUUCACAGGAGCAUCAAUGGAAAAAAAGAUUCAAAGCGAACCCACUUUGGGGGUCUUCAGGGUGGUUCUGGACCCGGUCAGUUGUUGCUACAAGACUGAAUGGAAGUCUAAAACAAAAGCUGAACUAAGAGACUCCCAGGCUGCUUCUGACCUUUGACAUUUAACCCCUGACCUGCUGUUUACAACUGACACUGGUACAAUGAGGAGGAAGUGUCCAGUUUACUGAUAUUUAUACAUGCACAUGUGGAGAGCUGACGUUUUCUUAUUAAAUCCUAAUAAUUCUUUUGACACAUUUAUUAUGCUAGCUUUAAGUUCUUUAUAAUAUAACCUGUAAAUCACACAGAUAAUGAUGAUAUUUAACCCUAGAAGACUAUCUCCGGGUGAUUUUGACCAGACCACACAUGUUUUUAGGUGAUUUUCAUGAUGUUGUGUUUGUCUGAGUAUCAUGGGUCCCUGGAUAGCUUCAGCAUUUCCUUUGACAUCUUUGAGGGCAUAUUUGUUUCCCUGAUCCAAAACCUGCUUUUUCCUACAGACGUGUUCACAGGGUGAUUUUCACCCGGCAAUAGUGAUAGAAGGUAAAGUAAAGUUUGGGUGGAUUUGAUAGCUGCAUGUAGGGAAUAAGGUCAGUAAGAGUGGUCCUGGAAUUUGCAUGCUGUCUUUCUUUAGCGCAGUGGUUAUGAAUAACUAUCACAAAGUAGUGAUUUUCAAGGGAAUUCAUAUGAUGAUAAGAAAUAUUUGAGUCAGCUGGUCGUUUUUUACGACGUAUUAGGGCCACAUUAAGAAAAUAAAAGAAAGACUUCGAGAUAAAAGUCAUUACUAACGAGAAUUAAGUCGUACUAAAGUCCUUAUAUUCUAAUCUGUUGUUUAAGAUGACAGUUGUUAAAAUUAGAGCCAUGGAGCAUUUGGUGAAAAUGUACUUUAAUAUAUGUUUCUCAAACAAGGAGAUACUUCAUCUUUUGGCACAUCAGCACCACAUUAUAGUAAUAAUGCAUCAGAUUUCAUAUAGCGCUUUAUCAGAGACCCUCAAAGUGCUUUACAUUGGAUACAUCAUUCAUUCACUCACUCACACAGUCACACUUUGGUGGUGAUAAACUACCUUAGUCACAGCUGCCCUGGGGCAGACUGACAGAAAUUUGGCUGCCAUUUUGCGCCUACGGCCUCUCCGACCACCACCACACAACACUCACAAUCAUACACCAGUGGAGGACACACACUGGGAGCAAGGUGGGUUAAGUGUCUUGCCCAAGGACACAACGGACAGAAUUGGGAUAGGGGGGAAUCAAACCGCCAACCUUCCAGUUAUUGGACGACUGCUCUACCUCCUGAGCUACUGCCGCCCAAAUUAUCAUAAGUAUCUUAAUGAUUUUAUUACGACUUUAUUCUAGUUAGUAAUGACUUUAUUCACGUAAAUUAAUGACUUUAAUCUGGAAGUCCUCAGUUUCUUUUUUCUUAAUGUGGCCCUAAUCAGAGAUGGGAAUCGUGGAGUCACCAAGUCAUCUCCAUGCCAUGUAUUUGGUCUGCUCAGUUACUGAACCAGGUGCCUUUACUAAUGAGCUCACCUUCCUGGCUGCUCACUGAAAGCAGCUGGUUCAGUUACAGAGCAGAACAAAUACAUGGCAUGGAGAUGGCUUGGUGACUCCACAAUUCCCAUCUCUGGCCUUAAUACUCCGUCGUAAUUUUUACUCACUCCAAAUCUGCCGUAUUUUGGUUCUCUCUCCUGCAGCUGUUAAUGUGCCAAGGACCCUGAGUCUUCACCAGGGAAGACUCACAUGUCCCAGGAAUGGGUGGAAAAGAAACUAACUCUAAAGUUUUUUUGUUCAUGAAUGCCUAAUUUCAGUUAUUUUUUUGCAUUUUAUAUGGUCCCCUCAUGGCAUAUUUUCCUUCCCUUUAAACAUUCAACAGUUAAAAAUAAAAGAAAACUACUUUAAUUUGUCAUGUAUUGUCCUAUUUUGAUAUAUUUGGAUGACAAGUACUUUUUCUUGGGUAUAUUAUUUCAGGUAAAAAUCAUGGUGUUACUAACUUUAUCGAUAGUGUUCUAGAGUUAAUAUUAAUAUUAUUGAUUUAUUUUCUGCAUAUUUAUUCGUCUUCGUUCGCGCGCUUUAUGCUAAUCAUCUCCUCUGCGCGCACGAGCGGACUUUGGGGGGAGCUGAGCGCGCGCCGGCAGCAGCAGUAGCAGUCUCCAGCUGCGCUCGUGAACCCGCCCGGCCGCUCGUGUCUCCUCCAGCGGGUCUGUCGGUCCUCUUCUCCAGCUAACCGUCCCCUCUGUUCCCCGCUCUGCUUGGGGGUCCGUCGGUGUGUGACCCGUCUGUUGUCCACGAACUCCCCGCAGCUCCGUCCCCGAGCUCCGGGACCCGCUGUCAUCGUCUAUCCGCUCGGUUCUUCCUCUCCUCUGGGCUCGAAGUUUCCUUCGGUCCGGUUCCCACGCUGACAGCUGUCACUUUGGACUCCGGUUCUGCUCCAGUUUAUCUUCUUCGUGUUUUUCAGACCCGGUUUUUGUGGGUCUAGUUUUCUGUCCUUCAGGUCUGGGUUCAUCGUCUACAGUUGCAGACAUGGGUCGGAUGAUCCCGGCUCUGCUGUCAGUCAUCUGGGUCGGACUCACGGCGGGAAUCCCAGACGGACCAGACGUUCAAGGUAAAUGAGCUAACCCGCUGAAACAUAAAGAAGAUUAGGUAGAAGGUAGAAGAACCUGUCUCCGUUCUUCUACCUGAGUACUGACGGUGGGUGUUCCACCAAAAAGUGUGACCUAUUUAAUCUGUGACCUGACCUAAAGCUACACUCCGUGUCUUUACUCGUCCAGUAGGGGAGAGUGAGGUAAGAUGAUCCAUGUUUCAUAUUUGGGAUCACUCCAUCAAGUCAAUCAUAGUUUUGUCUCUAACUAGUGUAUCUGCAUAUAUUUCAGGAUGUUGUUCAUCUCUGCAAACCAACAGAAUGAGUUUUAACAACUGUAAUCUUGAUUAUAUAGCAUGUAGGCCUGUCACGAUAACAAAUUUUGCUGGAUGAUAAUUGUGCUACAAAUUAUUGCCGAUAAACAAAAUUAUUGACAUCGUUUUUUAAAUUAUAGGUAAUGAUAAUAUAUGGCAUAAUAAUGCGAGUACACCAUGUCAAAAGCAAUAAACUUUAAUUGCUCAAGAUUAAGAACUUUGAACUAGGAUGAACAAAUAUAAUAAACGAAUGAAAUGAAAUAAAAUGGAACCACAUUCUAUUUUAUCAAAAACUGCAUUCAAAUAAAAACCACAAUCACAUCUAUAAACAAUAAAAAAAUAGACUUUGUCUCUGGUACGGAACAAAAACUUCACUCCACACAUAACUAUUAAAACAAUAAAUAAAGUGGAGUCUCGAGUCUGUAAACAAAAUUGCACUAAAUAAUAAGCUUUGGGUGCUAUUCCUCAACAGGUCAACAAAGAACAUGCAUGCGCACCUCAAGCACAAUCAUCCCUGCGGAUGAUUGUGCAUGUUCGUCGUAUUCCCCUUCUUUGUCACCAUGCCGUCAUGAAGAAGCUGACACAUGGAUCUUUGCGCAUGCCAGGCAUGCCACAGAAGCAGGCAGCAAGGUCAUCAUGGUCAAAGCCAACAACACAGAUGUUGUUGUCAUCGCAGUGAGUGUUCUGCAGGCACUUCAGAACCUGGGUGUGCAGCAGUUGUAGGUUGCCUUUGGCCAAAGACAGAACCUGAAGUGGAUUCCUGUUCAUGACCUGUGUGGCACUCUUGCAGAAAAGAGCAAAGGGAUGCUCUUCUUCCAUGCAUUCACUGGUUGUGAUGUUGUCUCAGCAUUCCGUGGCAAAGAGAAGAAGUUUGCUUGGCAAACCUGGAAUGUUUGUGAUGAGGCUUCCAGUGUCUUCAGCAAACUCAGCCAUUACCCACCUGUAUUGGAUGAUGAAGACCUGAAAACCCUGGAGAAGUUUGUGGUCAUGUUGUACGACAGAUCCAGCACAGCUGAAGGUGUCGACAAUGCAAGGUUGGACAUGUUUGCUCGGAAGCAGAGGCCGUACGAAGCCAUUCCUCCAACUCGAUAAGCACUUAAGCAACAUGUCAUGCGGGCAUCCUACCAAGCGGGCUGCAUCUGGAGUCAGUCAAUAGUAUGUCAACCAGAAACACAUAGUCCUGCCAACUGGGGCUGGACCAAGAAAGGAGAUCUGUGGCAGAUUGUUUGGACAGAGCUCCCACCCAUUGCAGAGAGUUGCCAGCAGCUGACCAAGUGUGGAUGCAAGUCGGAAUGCUGCGGUCGAUGCAAAUGCUACUGCUUUGGUCUGACCUGCACGGCACUGUGCAGCUGCAGGUGUGAGGUUUAGAAACGCUGUAGUAAAAGCCUACUCAUCCAAACAGCCUACAUGUAAAAAAAAAAAAAAACCUGCCUAGGUGGGAUCACCACCUUAUCGUGGUGGGGCAGUUUGUGUGUCUCCAUGACCCCUAGAGCUAUGCCAGCUGGAGUAUUGUACUCCUGGCAGGGUCACCCACGCCAAACAGCUCAAAGGAUAGAGACCAGACAAAGAGUGAUCCCAUGGUGCUACCAUCCAUUUUAGAUGAAAUUCAAAUUUAUCAGAAUAUUCGGAUUCCGGGACUUAAAUAUGGUACAAGGAAGCCAGUAAUUAAGUCCAUGAGUCCAAAUUUGGAUUCUGCAUAGUGGAAAAUGUAUGAUAUGACACCAAGUUCAUCCAAAUAGGACAAGUCUAUGGAAUUUUAUUGCAAAAUGCAAUAUUACUGUAUUUUCAUUGGUGGCCAUCUUGAAAAAUGGCAGCCAUCUUGAAUUUUCAUUUGGCCAGACAGAAAUAUCAAAAGAGCAACUUCUAAGGAGUACGUGUGCCAAUUUUGGUGCUUUUAUCCACAAGUGAACAAUUAUUACAGUUAUCUGCCCAGCUACCGCCCCACCAUGACAAAGAGACUGAAUGACUGACAGGAGGGUUCACUCGCUGCAUUCAUUCCGCUAUAGAGCCAACACACCAGGUGUCGAGAAAAAUGCGCAGAGUGAGACCUCUUCUCUCAUCCAGCGUGAUUGGUAGCGAGAGAGGAAGAAAACAAACGCACGUUAAUUAUCGAGGCUGGCAAAAUUACCGACCUCAUUUUUAUUUACCGAGUGAUUAGGCAAUUUAUUGAUUAUCGCGACAGGCCUAAUAGCAUGACAAAAAAAAGUCGUCUCCUAUGGUCAACUUACCCCCUCAGCCCUCCCUCACCUUCUCUCUCCCUAAAUAACAGUUACUUCUUCACAUUCAUGUGUAUUUUUAUCUAUUAUACACUAUUCAACUGGUACAAUCAUUCUUUUUAUUAUUAUUAUUGUAUAUAACUGCUAAAAAGCUGUUUAAUAAAAAAAAAAACAUUUGAUCAUGAGAAUGUCUUUAAGUGAUUCAGAACAUUCACAGCUGUGUUUUUGAAAAGAAAAAAUCAAACAUUUCAACAAUCUGAACUGAAACUCUGAUCCUCUCAUCAGAUUCCUUUUCUUACCCCUGAACUACUAUGAUGACUUUAUUUGUCCUUGAAGCUAAAAUGGUGGACUUUUAUGUUAGGUUUUUGACCUCAUGUUGGAGCUCAUAGAUACCACAGCUGAUGUGUAAAACUAAUUUAAAAUGAUUUUUUUUUGGUCUGAACACAAUUCUAAUCAAACUUAUGACAAACUAAAUUCACUUUCAAGAGUGAAAAAGGUGUUUUUGGACAUAAAUGUCUAACCCCUUCACCCAUGUGCUUUGAACCUUUGGCUCAUCUUACCCCACUCUCCCCUACAGAAGUAGCAGAGGUACUGAUCCAGUAAGGUUAGUCAGGUGGUACAGAACUCAAAGACCCGAUCCACUACAAAACCUGCUGUUUGUGUUCAGUUGAAUUUUAAUGACUUGAGUUAGAAACUGUUUUUUCAAAGGGGUCUAUGUUCUGUUCUGUAUUGUUUUUUUUUUUUUUUAUUAACUAAAAUAUUGUGCAGUUUGUUGUUUUUUUUUUCACUUUGUGAAAUGUUUUUGUAUUUUUUGUUGGGGUGGGAGAAAAAAUCGAUUAAUGUAAGUAUCUCGAGGCAGAGGAUCCAUAGCUGCUUUUUGCAGAUGAUGUGGUACUUCUAGCUUUGUCGAGCAGUGACCUUCAGCUCUUGCUGGGGCGGUUUGCGGCCAAGUGUGAAGCAGCUGAGAUGUGAAUCAGCACCUCCAAGUCCAAGGCCAUGGUCCUCAGUCGGAGAAAGGUAGAUUGCCUUCUCCAGGUCGGAAGGGCGGUUCUGCCUCAAGUGGAGGAGUUCAAGUAUCUCAGGAUCUUGUUCGCGAGUGAGGGUAGGAUGGAGCGGGAGAUUGACAGGCGGAUCAGUCGGAUCAGUCGUGGUGAAGAAAGAGCUAAGCCGUAAUGCAAGACUCUCGAUUUACCCGUCGAUCUACGUGCCAACCCUCACCUAUGGCCAUGAACUUUGGGUUAUGACUGAAAGGACAAGAUCGCGGAAACAAGCGGCCGCAAUGGGUUUCCUUCGCAGGGUGGCCGGGCUCAGCCUUAGAGAUAGAGUAAGGAGCUUGGACACUCGGGAGGCGCUCAGAGUAGAACCGCUGCUCCUCCACGUCAAGAGGAGUCAGCUGAGAUGGCUCAGGCAUCUGGUUAGGACGCCUUCUGGACGCCUCCCGUUAGAGGUGUUCCAGACAUGUCCCACCCGGAGGAGACCUUGUGGCUGGCCCAGGACCAGGUGGAGAGAUGAUAUUUCUCACCUGGCCUGGGAGCGCCUGGGAAUCUGACUGGAGGAGCUGGUGGAAGUGGGUGGGGUGAGGGCUGUCUGGGCUUCCCUCCUGAAGCUGCUGCCCCCGCGACCCUGACGCUGAUGAAGCAGAAGAAAAUGACGACAGCGAUCUUAAAUUUGAAAAUGUCCUGUUUUUUUCCUCUGUGGUGUCUCUGUCCUGCCUGAUAUCAACAGAACAGUCAGCUCUUUACAGUCGGGUCACUGAGGAUCCAGAGGUGUGUCAGGUCUCUGCAGGAUUCUGAAAUCAUGAAGUCCAAAAGGCUGAACCAAAAACAAUUAAAUUAAUCAUGAGGUUAAUAACAGGGUAUUAUCAUGUGACUCUGAAUAACAUUAGUAUGAUAUCUGAUCCUAUUAACAGAUUCAGUAUGAAGUACAGAUGAUAUAAAUGUCUGUUUGAGUAUUAUCUGGUCCUCCAUGAUGAGGACGAUUUCUGUCUCUGUAUUACAGAACUCUGCAUGAAGGUCAGCAAAGACAAUCAGAGGUUAAAUUUACAGACUUCCCUGAAUGUGUCAGAAAUGAUGGAUCUGACCUCCAUUUAAAUAAACUAACAAACAUUUUCAAAGUCGUUUCCUCCUCCUCUUGAAGACAGACCUGUGACAGCUGGACUGUGGACUGAUCUGCAUCAUGAUGUGGUUAUUUCAGCAAACAGAAGACCUGUUAAUGAGGAGAACAUCACAAGAACAUCAGCUUCUGUUUCAGGUUACUGCUAAAGGAAACCAGAGAGAAGAGAGAGACUUUUUAGAGAGAAUCUGAGACUCUCCACAGACAGACUGAGGAACAGGAUAAACUAGGAAGCUGAGGAUUGUUCUCAGAGAUUGUCAUCAGAUGAAAGCUGAUGUCCUCUGAGAUUGUGAACAGUCAUUGGGUUGAGGGAUUGUCAUAGUUCAGAUGUCCUGAAGACAAAACCUUGACAGUUUCUCCACUAAUUGAACAUCCAGAUGAAAUAUCUUUGAAUGAGGUCUUAGUUAUACUCCUGAUUCAGACUGAUGAGUGAUCCUGUGAGCCGUCUCUUGGUGUUUAGAUUGAAAAGUUGUAAAAAUAGGCGGAUCUUUUAAAAGGUCUUUGUCUCGUACUUAUUUGACAUCUAUUAAUCUUCUGGUUUUUGUUCUAUCUCCUCCACUUCCUCAGUGAUCGAUAUUCUUGGUCUCCAGGACUCAAAGCAGAGCAUAGCAGCAGUGGAGAAGCUGUCUGGGGGUCUGAGCACGCUCAGUGAUGUCUAUGUUGUGUCCACGUUGCGGCUGCCAGUGAAGCUGGGCGGAGUCCUGAUGGGAAUCUACAGCAAACAGGACAACAGGAAGUAUCUGGAGGUGGCUGUCAUGGGAAAGAUCAACAAAGGUAGAGCAUGUGUUGGACCACCAGAGUCUGAGAAUGUUAGUGAGCAGCUAACACAUCAGGUCGUUUGUCUGUGUCUGUGUGUGUGUGUGUGUGUGUGUGUGUGUGUGUGUGUGUGUGUGUGUGUGUGUGUGUGUGUGUGUGUGUGUGUGUGUGUGUCCCUUUAGGAGUCUCCUCCCUUCUCCUGAUUUCUCCUUAGGUUUCCUCUCGAUACCUGACAUGCUGUCUGAUAGUGUUAUCUGUGUGAUGUUGGACUGAGCCUCUCUGGUGUUUCCACUCUGAACAGCUCCAACCACACACACUUUUUUUAUGAAUGGAAAUAUUCCCCCUGAGCUCAGCAGCCUGGAGUGUGUGGAAACUUUGACAUCACCAGAACUUCAUCGAGACUUUACUGGACUGAAAAUGUGAACGUGACAGCAGAAGGAGGAGGAGACGGUUUUCAGUCCAGUAUUCCAGCUCUGCUCUCACUCUGAUAAUAUGCAUGUAACAAUCUCAGAGCUGGAAAACCAGACCAACCUUUCACCCAGGUCCCAAACCUGCACUUCCCUGAGUGUCCACUAGAGGGGGUCUCUGUCUCUGGGACCAGGUUCCUCAUUUAUCGCAGAAAAGGUUGUAAAUUCUUGUGUAGGAAUGAAAUGUCGAAUGUGCGUAAGAACAAAAAAAUCUGUAUUUCUCAAACAUGUGGAUACCGGUCGUACACACACUCAUAAGUAAUCGGUGAUGAUAAAUCCCACCUGUUCUUUCCUAGCGCGCUCGUUCAUGGUUAGGGUCAUUUACAUUCAGAAACACCUCCAAUUGACCAUACAUGGUAUCAACAAUCCCUUUAAAAAUGCCUGAAUGGAUUUUUUUCCCCCUCGCUGAAAUCAUGGAGGUGCAGGAGUCGUGCGUUCCUCCAACGUUUAACAGAUCCAUAUGAUCAUCUCAGAUUAUUGAUCAUCGAUUGAAUGAAAUCCUUUCCUGUUGACUGAAUUUAUUGUGUGAAGGUGCUUUUAUUACGAUGUGGGGAAAUCUACGGCUCCAAUUAUGUUUGGGAAUCCGGCGAUGGCGUGAAAUCCUUGUUUUAUUUCAGCUUGUUGCUGGUGUGUUUGGGAACUGGAUGUAAGUUGAGGUCAGAGAAAUUAUUGCGUUGGGUUAGAGUGGACAGGAGCUGGAUGGUCACUGGGAUGGCUUUGGUACGUUUUGUCUCUUGCUCUGGAUGGUUCUCUGAGUCCUCCAAUAGUCCAAAAUAAACCAUGAUACUUGUAUUUGUACUUGUAUGUUUACUUGUAUUUGUACUUGUAAGAGAUCUUCUGAGGUUAACUAAUUGGAACUAUUGAACUAAUUGGUCACUUUUGUACAGAGGGAACAGAGAACAUGUGUGAAGUCUGAGAUAGCUGAACGUUGUGACUCCUUUAAUGGGUUCUAGUUGUAGUUUCACUAUUCUACCACUAGGCUUUGUGUGUAAGCAUGCUCAGAGUUGGGCUUCAUUUUACUCACGUUCCUAAGAACAAGUACAGGUUGAUCAAAUCCAGACUUAACGUGGGAAUGUUCGUACACACUCAUUACGCAAACACAUCUGUACGAACACACGGUUGAUAAAUGAGGACCCUGGUCUGAUCCUGUUAUCACUUUAAUGAUUUCUCCAUCAUGAUAAUGACAGACUUCUUCUUCUGCCAGCCUAAUGACUGUAAUCUGACCCGCAGUUUAUUCAACACUUUGUGUGUGUGUGUGUGUGUGUGUGUGUGUGUGUGUGUGUGUGUGUGUGUGUGUGUGUGUGUGUGUGUGUGUGUUUGGACACAGUGUGACCUUUGAUCCUGGGUAAAGAAAGAGUUCAUUAUUUCACCUGCAGCUGCUCAGGAUGAUGAUGAUGAGGAGGAGGAGGAGUCACUGAUUGGUGGAGAGGAGGUGUUUGAAGUGUGUGUCUGAGGGUUCAAACUUGAUAUUUACACUCGAUCCAAAUUCAGCUGAUGAUGCCGCCGCCGCUGUCACGAUGUUCGUGUUUCUCUUUCAUCACUGAUUUGUUUUGGCGCUCUUUCCUGUCCUCUCAGUCCUGGUGCGUUACGUGAGGGCUGAUGGGAAGCUGCACACGGUGAACCUGCAGAACGCAGCGUUGGCAGAUGGUCGGACUCACUCCAUCAUCCUCAGACUGGGCGGUCUUCAGCGUGACAAUAUGAACAUGGAGCUCUACGUCAACUGCCGAUUGGCUGAUUCCAGCCAGGGCCUGCCGCCAUUGGUCCCUCUGCCUAGAGAAGCAGAGAUGGUGGAGAUCAGACAUGGACAGAAGGCCUACGCCCGCCUGCAGGUGAGAGUCUGUUGUAAUGUGUAAUAUAAAAAAAAAUAGUAAUAAUGAUAAAGUGAAAAUAACAAACCAAACCUGUAGGAUCAUGUUCAACUGGGUUCACACCAGGACGGGGAUUUCAUCUACCACAGCAGGACCAGAAUCCUGCCCCAGACCGCCACUGCAUGACCACCACAUCCUCUGUCUGCACACAUAUAAGGAGUUCCUGUGAAUUUGAAUCAAUUUACAAUCUGUGAAUCACACACACACACAUCCACACACUCAGACACACACAGUAACCCACACCAUCAUCCACAGUACAACCAAAGAUUCAAGUCCAAUUUUCACUGCAUCUGGAACGGUUCCAUUCCGGAAUGGCCAUGUUUUUCCACCGUCUGCCAACUCCUACGAGAUCCAUUUGUGAGGCGAAUUUCUUGGCUGAUUACAGACAGAGGUAGUCGCAAGAACUCACAAGAAUCCGUGGAUUCACGUGCACUCGCACAAUAACGAGUUGUCUCUAUAAAGACAGCCACAUAGACAUAUAAGCAGUAGAUUGUGUCCUUCCAGAGGAGAAAAUCGACUUCUAGAAUCAGCAUCUCCUCAUCCAUGGUGUCAUCGGGGUGAAAUGACGUCUAAAAACCUUUCAUUUGUUCGUCUCUGCCCGUUUGCAUGGUGUGAAAUACGAGCCACCUGAAACAUGGAGUGUUUUAUUUUGAAAAGAAGCCGGGUGUUUUAUUUUAUGUCUGUGCCUGACUAUCUUUCCAGCACGGGUCAAUCUGUGCUGAAUUUAACUGGCAUGUUCCGGCAUCCGGAAAAAAACAGAACUCUUGCGAUCAGCUGUGGAGUCCGGCGAUCCGCAGAGGAACGGAAAGAAGCCGGUGGAAAUUGACAUGUUAACUUGAAUGGUUAUGAUCAGCUAUGAUCGGAGGAUACAACCUUUUAGUAGACGUUCAGGAUGCAGGGGAAAUUGGGGGUAAAUUGAUCCCAUAAGUCAUCAGGAUGCAUUUUGCUUAGAUCGGAUAAAAAGAGCAUGGCAGCCUCUGGUUUGAACUGAACAAUCUUCUGAUUGGUUCUAGCUUAACGAUCUCAGUCUUCCUCCUCCUUUGAUCUCUCUGACCUCUGACCACUGAACAUGACGUGUUCAUCUCUUCUUCCCUUCCAUCAGGGAGCGGUGGAGUCCCUCAGGAUGGCACUAGGGGGCAGUGUUGCCAAAGCUGGCGCUCUCACAGACUGUCCUUUCCAGGGAGACUCUUCGGCUUAUAACACAGGUCAAACCUUUAACUCCUCACUUUUCACCAUCAUCAUCAUCACCAUAACAAAGAUCACCUGACCGCAGAUCAGGUUAGAGUCACAUCUGUGGAGCUUUUUUAAGGUUAAUGAGAAGUCAGGAGACUCUGAGUGACUGAAAACCCCUGAAAACCACAGAGUCUCCACUGAAGAAGAUUUGUUUAGUUUUUAAUCAGACAGCUGAUUUUCUUUCAUUCUGUAAUUAUUUCUUUGUUUUUUAGUGAGCGGAGAGGUCAACUCCAUCCUGGGUCAGUCUAUAAAUUCAUAUUAUUGAUCAAUUUUAUUCUCACUAAUCAAUUAUUACAGAGGAUCAGCUCAGUUCAGUGACUGUUCUGACACCCUGAUGGAUCCAUGCUUUUCUGACAGGUGAUCACACCAAGGCUCUGAUUGGUCAGCUCAUCAUCUUCAACCAGAUCCUGGGGGAGCUGAGACAGGACAUCAGAGAACAGGUGAGAGAGGACAGGUUAAUAAAGGACAGGUGAGACAGGACAUAAGAGUGAACAGGUGAGACCGACAGGUUGAUAAAGGACAGGUGAGACCUUCAUCUUGAUGAUGUCAUCCCUCUGACAGGUGAAGGAGAUGUCUUUGAUCAGAAACACCAUCUUGGAGUGUCAGGUUUGUGGUGAGUCAGCUUUUUCAUAUCUUGAUUAAGGCCUGUCUGUUAUCUGAGGACCUGAUAGAAGACGGUGUGUGUAUCACCUGCACAGGUUUUCAUGAGCCACGCUCCCGCUGCUCCCCUAACCCCUGCUUUAAGGGCGUGGCCUGCAUGGAGAGUCUACAGUACCCUGGAUACACCUGUGGACCCUGUCCACCUGGAACCUCGGGUAACGGGACACACUGCCAGGAUAUCAACGAGGUAACACAACAACAACACAACAACAAUUACACAACAACAUCAACGCAACAACAAUUACACAACAACAACAGAACAACAAUUACACAACAACAACAAUAACACAACGAUAACAACAACAUCAACACAGCAACAUCAUCACAAUAAUUACACAACAAUUACACAACAACAGUAACAUCAACACAACAACAAUAUCAACACAACAACAACAUCAACACAACAACAACACAGUAACAUCAACAUAACAAUGUCAACAUAACAACAUCAACACAGCAACAUCAACACAGCAUUCAACACAACAACAUUAACACAACAACAUUAAUACAAGAACGCAACAACAACAACACACCCACAUUAACAUUCCAACAUCAACACAACAACAAUAACACAACACAGCAACGUGUGUGUGUGUGUGUGUGUGUGUGUGUGUGUGUGUGUGUGUGUGUGUGUGUGUGUGUGUGUGUCUUAGUGUGAGCUGUAUCCAUGUUUCUCUCCUGAUGCCUGUGUAAACACCAUGGGGGGGUUCACCUGUAAGCCCUGUCCUCCAGGACUGUGGGGGGCGCCACUGGCUGGGACAGGACUGGACUACGCCAAGACACACAGACAGGUCAGAUACACACACACACACACACACACAGAGGAAGCAUUAUAGGUGAGGAGGCAGAUGAUCUGAUAACGUACCUGCACUGAUCUUUCAGACAUGGAAACAUGGAAAUCAGAAAUUAAUGAAUGAAAUACAAAGGGGUAAAAUACACAAACAUUACAGCUGUAAUCAUUUUGUAAAUGUGCAAGAAAAUACUUCUUUAAUAAACCUGAGCAUGAAGCACAGUGACAGUUUCUCCUAAUUUAGCUGUUAAAUGAAGGAGUUUCUUUCUCACUGUAGGUCCUCAAUUUUAUUUUGAAAUGAUGGUUUCUCCUUUUUUCUUACUGCCACUAAAUCCUAAAAUAUUAAAUCAGAUCCCCCCUGAUGUUUUCAUAUUCUGGUCAUAAAAACUCACCAUGUCCUGUGUUACAUCAGUUUGACUUCAUGAUGUCUGCUGCGUUAUGUAGAGAUGAGAUCAUCAGAAACCAGUGAAGUAAGCUCUGUCUCUGUGUGUGUGUGUGUGUGUGUGUGUGUGUGUGUGUGUGUGUGUGUGUGUGUGUGUGUGUGUGUGUGUGUGUCUCUGUGUGUCUCUGUGUCUGUCUGUGUCUGUGUCUAUUUGUGUGUGUGUGUGUGUGUGUGUGUGUGUGUGUGUGUGUGUGUGUGUGUGUGUGUGUGUGUGUGUCUGUUUCAGGAAUGUGCAGAUAUCGAUGAGUGUUUGGAUCUACCGGACGCCUGUGUAGCAAACUCUGUGUGCAUCAACACUGUGGUCAGUUCAUCUCUGUCUGUGUUUCACACACAUAUACACACACACACACACUCACACACACACACACACACACAUUAACAUUUACUGUAUGACAUACUUGUGGACCUUCCCUGUAAUAUCCCCUUUCAGGGUUCAUAUAAGUGUGGAGGCUGUAAACCUGGUUUCCUUGGUAACCAGACAUCAGGAUGCUUUCCCAGGAAGUCCUGUGCUGCUUUGACCUUUAACCCCUGUGACACUAACGCCCACUGCACCAUGGAGAGGAACGGAGAGGUGGCGUGUAGGGUAUGAGAGUCUGUCUGUCAAACAUAAUCAGCUCAGCGUGUGUGAAGCAUGCUGGGUAUUCAUAUGUGAUAUGUGUGUGUAUAUAAGUGUGUGUUUGUGUGUGUGUGUGUGUGUGUGUGUGUGUGUGUGUGUGUGUGUGUGUGUGUGCGUGUGUGCGUGUGUGUGUGUGUGUGUGUGUGUGUAGUGUAACGUGGGUUGGGCAGGUAAUGGGAACACCUGUGGCGUGGACACAGACAUCGAUGGCUAUCCUGACCGCUCUUUGCCCUGCAUGGACAACAACAAACACUGCAAACAGGUAAGACACACCUUACCUUAGUUUGGAUGAUUCUCACCAAAAUAAAUGUCAGAUUGAUCGUAUUUCAUCUCCCUCUCUGACCAAAACAGUCACUCUAAAAAAUAAAGACAUCCAUUCUCUCUGUCCUCCGCUCAGUGCAUCCUAUCACAUUACUUAGUUUCCUCAUGGCUAAGCUGUGAUUGUCUGUGAGUGUAGUGACUAUGCUGACAUGAAUUUUAAUCACUGUCUGGAUGCAGGAGUGAGGUGUUUUUGAUGCGCAUCUAGUACAAUCCAAUGUCCAAUCCAAGGUUGUUGUUAAAUUAUAUUCUUGCCAUUUAUUGAUUAAAUGAAAAACUAAAAAAGCACUCAGAGAGCGCAGACCUCCACCAAGCAGCUCAUGUUCCCCCUUAAACAAGAAAUACCCUGACUGGGAUUCGAACCCAGGACCUUCUGGUUUUGAGGCGACAGUGCUAACCACUACACCACUGUACCACGUAUCUGCACCACUGUGCCGCCCAUUGCUAAUCUCUCAGCAUUGAAAAUUCCAACGACACCCUUAUUUUUGUGUGUUCUGGAUCACAGUAUCCAGAAUUUUGUCCAGAUUACCACCAAAAUUUGAUGAGACGCACCUCUGGUGAAAAUUUCAGGUCAAUCCGCCUGUUACUUUCUCCGUAAAGUUGCUAACAGACAAACAAACCAACGCUACCGAAAACAUAACCUCCUUGGCGGAGUUAACAAACAAAAAAAGACAGAUACGUCAACAUUACAAUGAUGGUGAUGUACGUGAUGAGGGUGAGAGUGCUCUUUCCAUUCCCCAGAUCACUGCUUCACCUGUGUCCCUUGUGCAACAUUUACCUGUCCAUUCACCUGAAGUGCCCCUUAUGGUGAAUGAUUGUACAAGUAACAAAACAAAACCCAAAGAAUAAUAUUGAUAAAAUUGCUCAAACAGUGAGUAUGUGACUUCCUGUCUCUGUCCAGGACAACUGUGUGUUCACGCCGAACUCUGGUCAGGAGGACGCCGACAACGACGGCAUCGGAGACCAGUGUGACGAAGAUGCCGAUGGAGACAGCAUCAAGAAUGUGGAGGUGAGACGACGUGUGAGUCUGUGUCAGCCUGUCGGUGUGUGGUCAUGUGACCUUUCCUGUCCUCUGCCCUUCAGGAUAACUGCCGUCUGGUCUCCAAUAAAGACCAGCAGAACUCGGACAGUGACUCGUUUGGAGACGCCUGUGAUAACUGUCCCAAUGUCCCCAACACUGACCAGAAAGACACCGACGGAAAUGGACAGGGGGACGCCUGCGACCAGGACAUCGACGGAGAUGGUGAGGAACAGACUUCUGUCUGUGAAUGAUGUUCAUCCUGAACACACUGAGAAGACAAAAACACACAUCAGCUGACUGAACGUUUUCACACCUGUGUUCAGGAAUCCCAAACGUCCUGGACAACUGUCCAAAGGUCCCAAACCCCAUGCAGACGGACAGAGACAGGGAUGGGGUGGGAGACGCCUGUGACAGCUGUCCUGAACUCAGCAACCCCAUGCAGGUACACACACACGGACAGACACACAGACAGGUACAUACUGACAAGUACGUAUUGACAAGUACAAACAGACAUGUACUCACAGACAGACAGGUACACACAGACAAGUACACACGGACAAGUACACACUGACAAGAACACGCAGACAGACACACACAGACAAGUACAUACUGACAGAUACACACAGUCAAGUACACACAGACAGAAUUACACAGAUAAGUAAACACUGACAGAUACACACUGAUAAGUAUACACAGAAAGGUACACACAGAGAAGUACACACUGACAAGAACACACAGACAAGUAAACACUGACAGAUACACACUGAUAAGUAUACACAGAAAGGUACACACAGACAAGUACACACUGACAAGAACACACAGACAGGUACACACGGACAGGUUAACACAGACAAGCACACACUGACAAGUACACACAGACAGGUACACACUGACAAGUACAAACAGACAUGUACUCACAGACAGACAGGUAUACACAGACAAGUACACACAGACAAGUAAAUACUGACAGAUAAACACAGACAAGUUCACACAGACAAGUAUACACAGACAGGUACACACAGACAAGUAAAUUCUGACAGGUACACACAGACAAGUACACAAUGACAAGAACACACAGACAGGUACACACGGACAGGUACACACAGUCAAGAACACACAGACAAGUACAUACUGACAAAUACAAACAGACAUGUACACACAGACAGGCAGGAACACACAAAUACACACAGCAACAACAACAACAGAUUGGAGGUCAGAGGUCAUGAUGUGUUUAUCUGUGUGUGUUUUUUCAGAUUGACAUCGACAAUGAUCUCGUGGGAGACGUGUGUGACACUAACCAGGACACGUAUGUUACACUUAGCAUGCACGCACAUACACACUAACCUUCGAUCUUUUAACUGAAGUUAAAGUCCGACCUGAGAGUCUGUGAUGUCCAACUUCCUGUCCCCCUCAGGGACGGAGAUGGUCACCAGGAUAGCAGAGACAACUGCCCAGACAUCCCCAACAGCUCCCAGCUGGAUUCGGACAACGAUGGCCUUGGAGACGACUGUGACCAUGACGACGACAAUGAUGGCGUCCUAGACGAUUAUGACAACUGCCGACUCAUUGUCAACCCCAACCAGAAAGACUCAGACAGUAAAGAAAGACGAGAAACAUGAUUAAUGAGAGGAGGGGUUUGUCUAUGAAGACUAAGAACACCUGUCUGUGUGUCUGUGUCUGUGUGUCUGUGUUUGUCUGUGUCUGUGCCUGUGUCUGUGUCUGUGCCCUUGUCUGUGUCUGUGUUUGUGGCUGUGUCUAUGUCCGUGUCUGUGUCUUUGUGUCUGUUUCUGUGUCCGUGUCUGUGUCUGUCUGUGUCCGUGUCUGAGUGUCUAUGUCUGUGUCAUGUCUGUGUCUUUGUCCGUGUCCGUGUCUGUGUCUGUGUCUGUGUCUGUGUCUGUGGCUGUGGCUGUGGCUGUGCCUGUGUCUGUCCCUAGUGAACGGCAUCGGGGACGUCUGUGAGAACGACUUUGAUAACGACGCUGUGAUGGAUUUGAUUGACGUGUGUCCAGAGAGUGCUGAGGUCACUCUGACAGACUUCAGAGCCUAUCAGACGGUGAUCCUGGACCCAGAGGGCGAUGCCCAGAUUGACCCCAACUGGGUGGUUUUGAACCAGGUGACCUUCUGUAAUCCUGAUGAUACUGUGGUCACCUGCUAAGGACCACGAUUGAAUGUUUUCACGUGUUUAGAGCUUUUCCUUCCUCAGCCUCUGAAGCCCAGAUAUUUGGAGCGCCCCCUGCUGAUAGUAAAGGUCAUAAAGUCUGCCUCCUCCAUGUAAACAGAUGGAGCAUGUGUCAUCAAUUACAGUGUAGUCAGAGGUGUAAACAGGUGUGACUAAGCGUCUCACCUAUUUGUUUGUUUCAGGGGAUGGAGAUAGUCCAGACCAUGAAUAGUGACCCUGGUUUAGCUGUGGGUAUGUCUUUCUAUCUAAAGCUUCAUUAAACCCAGCAGAGAUUUAGUCCUGGUGUAACUGUGGAUCCCUUUACCCCGUUUGUGUGUGUGUGUGUGCAGGCUACACAGCCUUUAACGGCGUGGACUUUGAGGGAACGUUUCAUGUGAACACGAUAACUGAUGAUGACUACGCCGGCUUCAUCUUUGGGUACCAGGACUCCUCCAGCUUCUACGUGGUGAUGUGGAAACAGACGGAGCAGACGUACUGGCAGCACCUCCCCUUCAAAUCCAUGGCUGCCCCUGCCCUGCAGCUCAAGGUCUGACUGUCCACUCCUACAGUUACCCGCUCCCUGCUACAUAUCAUGAUCUAUGUAAUAAUAUAUCUAUAAUCAUCUAUAUAAUCAUCUUUCUAAAAUAAUCUAUAUAAUCCUCUUUUUAAGAAUCUAUAUAUCGUAAUCUAUAUAAUAAUAUAUCCAUAAUAAUCUACAUAAUCCUCCAUAAAAUAAUCUAAAUAAUAAUCUAUGUAAUCACCAAUAUAAUAAUCUAUCUAUAAUCGUCUUUAUAAUCAUCUAUAUAAUUAUCUAUAUAAUAAUAUAUCUAUAAUCAUCAAUAUAAUAUUUUAUGUGGUAAUCUAUAUAUAAUUAUCAAUAUAAUAAUAUAUCUAUAAUAAUCUAUAAAUAUCAUCUAUAUAAGAAUCUAGCUGUGAUCCGUUUUGGAUUAAAGACCAGGGGGCUACAGCGCUCAUCUGCAGGUUUGAAUGUACCUGCUGGGAGUCCUGAGUGUGAGACAUGAUGAGAGCCGGUACCAGGAGCUGAUCUGGUUCUUCCUACAUGUCUGUAUACUGAAGUUUAGCUCAGAGGUCCUUCAGAAACCUUCUCAUGUUUGAUCCCAACAGAAAAAUGAUCCAAAGGUCUUUAACUCAUGGCUCUGCAGGCGGUGAAGUCUCGGACCGGACCUGGAGAGUUCCUGAGAAACGCUCUGUGGCACACUGGGGACACGCCUGGAGAGGUGACGCUGCUCUGGAAGGAUCCUCGUAAUGUCGGCUGGAGAGACAAAACAUCGUACCGCUGGCAGCUCAGCCAUCGCCCCCAGGUGGGCUACAUCAGGUGAGACCACAACCAAGACCACAAGCUGGGUCACACCAGGACCAAAACUGGACCACAGGCACCAGGAUCAAACCUAAGGCUGUGUUAGAGCUCAACCAGGAUCCUGGAACUAAGUGGGCUAAGAUCAGUUAGACCUUAAAUCAGGUGAUCAACAGCGUACAGAUGUGAGUAAAGCUGGAACCAAAUAAAUACUGAAAUAAAUACUUCAGUAUUUGUUAGUGUGUACAGCUCUAAGAACAAGUACUGCAGUUCUUCAGAGUACUCUGAAGUAGUCUGCAGGACUGAGCAGGACUCUACUGUAGUACUCUGCAGUUGUUUGUUGAACUAAGGAGUGCUGUAUCUGUGCGUGUGUGCAUGCGUGCGUUUUCCUCUCUCACUCUCUCUGUCUGUACUUUUACUGCAUUCUUUUCCCUCUGAAUCUUCUUUGUGGCCCUGGGGCCCCCCGGUCCUCUAUUGUACUGGUAUCCAUGACAACCAAAGCCCUGGCAAGAAUCCGCCUGGGCAGCCGUUGAUAUGCAGAUGAGAGAGAGAGAGAGACAGAGAGACGGGGAAAGUUUCCACAGGAGACAUGUCCUCUAAGAGGUUUAAUCUGAGAGUGAGGACAGUCAGACUGAAGGAGGUUCUGUAUUUUUACAACAUUUGAUUUAGACAGGUGCGUUUAGUCUUUAAUUUGAUUUAGACAGGUGAAUUUAGUCUUUAAUUUGAUUUAGAGAGGUAAAUUUAUUUCUUAAUCUAAUUUUACAGGUGAGUUUAAUCCUUAAUCUGAUUUAGACAGGUGAGUUGAAUCCUUGAUCUGAUUUAAACAGGUAAAUUUCAGCCAUAAUCUGAUUUACACAGGUGAGUUUAAUCCUUAAUCUGAUUUAAACAGGUGAGUUUGAUCCUUGAUCUGAUUUAGACAGGUGAGUUUAAUCUUUAAUCUGAUUUAGACAGAUUCUUCCUUGAACGGUGAGAUAAUCUGUAGAUAUACAAACUGUUUUUGUUAUUAACACGUUUGUUUCUGCUGUAAAGUUUAACAUGGGGCUCUAUGGGGACUGACUUACUCUGGGACACAGCCUCUGGUGGUCAGGAGAGGAGCUGCAGUUUUAGGGAGAUUGGUCAAUGUCUCUCGGUGAGACUUUGCUUUUUAUUGUGUUUUAUACGUGUGUGGGUGUGUGUUUGUGUUACCGUGUGUGUGUGUGUUUCAGGGUGAGGCUGUUCGAGGGCUCUGUGAUGGUGGCGGACUCUGGUGUAGUUAUCGACACCACCAUGAGGGGUGGUCGGCUUGGUGUUUUCUGUUUCUCUCAGGAAAACAUCAUCUGGUCCAACCUGCGUUACAGGUGUAAUGGUACGACCUUUGACCCUGAAAACACACACACACACUCACAGUGUUACAGCAGCUACAAUCACAGUUGGUACAGACGACACAAACAUCUGAUCACACAUAUACACAUUUACACAUUUAUAAAUGGACUCAAACAUGUUAACUGGAGACAGACAAGUUCAUGAGUGUACUGUGGUUUGUUAUGAAUUCAAACACUGAUUGUGUGUGUGUGUGUGUGUGUGUGUGUGUGUGUGUGUGUGUGUGUGUUUAUGUUGCAGACACGGUGCCUGAAGACUUCCAGACUCACCGUAAACAAGUUAUGAUGCACAUUCAGGUCUAACAACAGUAGACCCCCUGAACAAACACACACACACAGACGCACACACACGGAGGGUCCAGCGUAUCAUCAGUCUGAUUUUAUCGUCUCUGUAAAAUGAUGUUUUUUUUAUUUUAGUGUUUUUAUGAAAAAGCUUUAGAGUUAGCGCAGGGGCCUAUUCUACGGAGCAAGUUCGACCUAGCGAGGUAGCCUUGGGGCUACCUGGCUCAACUUAGCGCAGUAGCCAGCGGUCUCGCUAAACGGUCUUACAACGCUAGUUAUCAACCUCGUAAGUGGAUCCAGCUUUGCUAUGAGCACGUGCAGGCAUGUAAGGCGGAGCCUGCCGCAUUUGACCAAUUGCGAACAUUGACCAAACUGGAGCGUCAGAGCAGGCCGCAGAGCGAAGGACUGCAGGCUUUACAAACAAGGAGCAGGAGACGAUUAUGAUAAAGUAUGAAGAAUUCAAAUCUAUCAUAAACCUCAAAAGCAACACCGUCACCACUGCAAAAGCACGGAAGGAAUGCUGGCAGAAAAUUGCAGACAGUCUCAAUGCGUAAGUAUAGUGCGCAAAAAAUCUUAGAUGCCAUUAUCACCCUGAAAUAGCACUGUUCAACAUGCGCUUUUAACAUGCACCAGACAUGUCUAAUUCAUUUCCAAGAUGAAUUCAUUCAUUUGUUCAUUCCUAUCGUGUUUACAUUUUUUGUGUGAUAUGUAGGCCAUAUGAGCCUUUCAUAAAGGUGGUCAUCUGGAAAAGUAAGUGGGUCCAUGCGGGCCCUGAAAACUAUUGCACGCCUGAGUGCUCCUCGGACAAUGCGAGCACCGCCGUCUAUAGGAUCCUCCAAGAAUGGACAAGCCAUUUUUCGAGAGAGCUCAUUGGUCAGUGGGCGGGGUUUUUAUACUCGGUGAGUUCAGUCUGGAACCUGACCUGCUAAGGGGCAGGUACGUUGCCAUGGAGACUCGCCUCGCUAAGAGGUGAACCCGCAUCGUAGAAUAGGAAAACCCAAACUUACCCUCGAAGUUACCUCGCUACGCAGUAAUCCUGCUUCGUCGAAUAGGCCCCAGAUCUGCUCAAAUUAACCAAAGAAAAAACAAACACACAAACAGCAAAACACAAACAAACAGACAACACACUAACAAAAAACACACAGACAAACAAACAAACACACAGACAUACUCAGAAACACAAACACAAGCAAACAAGCACACAAACAAAAACAAAAAAACAAACAAACAAAGAGACAGACACAUAAACACACAAACAAACGGACAAAGAGACACACACAGAAACACAAACACACACAGACUGUUGACAGAGAGGAGAUCAUGUGUUUGUAAAUAUCUCUGUCUGAAUAAACUAUGCCCCCUCUCCUAAA